AUGGAGACUGUGUACAUGUAUCAACCUUUGGGUUAUCGAGAUCCUGAUCGGCCUAAUCAUGUAUGUUUGCUGCAGAAAUCUCUAUAUGGACUGAAACAAGCUCUGGGAGCUUGGAAUGAGCGAUUUGCUGAUUAUGUCCAUACCCUUGAGUUUUCUUACAAUAAGACCGAUCAUUCUUUGCUUAUUUAUCAUCGAGAUUCUUUUAUAGCUUAUUUUUUAUUAUAUGUCGACGAUAUUAUUUUAACUGCUUCCUCCGAUGAGCUUCGCCAGUCUAUCAUAUCACUUCUUAGCUCAGAAUUUUCUAUGAAGGAUUUGGCUGAGAUUAUUGACUGCGCUAGCAUGACCUCGUGUAAGCCAUCUCCUACUCCUGUUGAUACAAAGCCGAAGCUUAGGGCUACUAUAAGCACACCAUUUGCGGACCCAUCACUUUAUCGGAGUCUUGCUGGGGUAUGCUUAUUUAUGCAUGACCCAUGGGAUGAGCACAUGAACGCUCUCAAGCGCAUCAUGCGCUACCUACAAGGUACUUUGGAUUAUGGUCUUCACCUUUAUCCCUCUUCCACAACCACUUUUGUCUCCUAUAAUGAUGUUGAUUGGGGUGGGUGCCCUGAUACACGACGUUCAGCUUCGGGUUAUUGUGUCUUUAUGGGUGAUAACUUGAUCUCAUGGUCCGCCAAACGUCAAGCUACUUUAUCCCGUUCGAGUGUAAAAGCAGAAUACCGAGGGAUUUCCAAUGUGAUUUUUGAAUCGUGUUGGUUGCGAAACUUGCUUUUGGAACUUCAUUGUCCUAUUCCAUGGGCUACUUUGGUUUACUGUGAUAAUGUUAGUGCCAUUUAUCUGGUUGGUAAUCCUUCUCAAACAAAUGCUUAUUGGUUGUGUUUGAGAAGUGCAUUUGUUUUCGUAAUUAUCUCAUAUUCACAAUCUGCUGGUCUGAUUCAAUUAGAUUCAUGUUUUGUGAGAUAA